AACACACAAGCACUACUAAAUAAUAUUCAUAUUAAAAACACCGUGCAAGCAACACGCAAAAAUACGAAAUAAUUAUUAUAUUACAAACGUUGCGGUAAUAUUAAAAUAUUAAGCGCCAAAGAAGCAUCUAAAUUGCAACAACAGCUACAAAAAGAACUCUAUAUUUUGGAUUAUUACUUAAUAAUAUAAUAAUAUUAUAUAAGUAAAAUCAACAACAAGAAUCCCAAACCCAAAAUUACCACAAAUCAACACACACAUCCACACACACACACAUAAGCCACAAAUAUGUCGGACCGCAAAGCUGUCAUUAAAAAUGCUGAUAUGAGCGAAGAAAUGCAACAAGAUGCUGUGGAUUGUGCGACACAAGCCUUGGAAAAAUAUAAUAUCGAAAAGGACAUUGCUGCCUUUAUCAAGAAGGAGUUCGACAAAAAAUACAACCCCACAUGGCAUUGUAUUGUAGGAAGAAAUUUCGGCUCCUAUGUAACGCAUGAAACACGUCAUUUCAUAUACUUUUACUUAGGCCAGGUGGCAAUUCUAUUAUUCAAGAGCGGUUAAAUUAGCUAAAACAAAAAAACAUAAAAAAACACAAUAUUUCAAAAUAAUAAUAAUAAAAAAACAACUACCAUUAAAUUGAACCACAAAAAUAAAAAACCACAUGACGAAAUUAUUGAAAUAAAAAGAGAGAAAAACAAUUACAACAACAAAAAACCUACAAACAACAAAAUUACAUUAACAGAAAGAAAUAAGAAUAUUAUACCACAACAACAAAAAAAAAUCCAGCAGAAUUUAAGCUAUUUUACAAUUUAUGUAGAAAAAAUAAAACCAAACAAGAAAGAUGCUGAAAGAAGAAGGGGAAAGUAUAGUAAUUUAAAUGAUAAAAUAGUAACAAUUUCAAUUUCAUGUUUAUAACAAUAUUUACUACCUAUAUUUUUUCUACACUUUUUGGUUGGUUUGAGUUUUUUAUUUUUGGUAAAUGUCUUUUGUAAUAAUAAGUUUGGUUUGCUUUUUUGUGCGAAAAUUUUGAAUUAUAAAUACAUAACUUUAGUAUUUAUGCUUUUAAGAAUUUUAAAUGAAGAAGAAAAUUCUAUUUGUGGACAAAACUGAAUUCAACUUAAAUUAACUUACAUACAUACUUAAACACUUUUUUCACCUUUAUUUAUGUGUAACAAAACAAAAAACAAAAUUUCACCCUGUAAAUGAAAACGUUUUUUUGAGUUUAUUUCAUUUAUUUUCUAUGUUUUCAAAUUGAAAUUAUUCUCUUUGUAAUGAAAUUAUAUAGAAAAAAAGAAAUAAAUUAAUUGAAAUAAUAAAAAAAAUAAAGAAAAUUUGAAAAUUAUUUUGAAUUUAAAAAGAAAACACUGAAAAUUUAAAAUUAUAGAAAUACAUAUAACAAAUAUAUAAAUUCUUUAAAUUUUAACAACUUUUUUUAAUUUUUUGUUUGUUUGUUUUAAAAUAAAAUGAAUUGAAUUGCAAACUUAAAACAAAAUAUGGCCAUCCAUCUUAAGAAAUAAGUAAAUAAAACAAGAUUUUAAAAGAAAAGUUAUAUAUUUUUUGAUUAAAAACAAAAAUUUAACACAAAUCCCAAAAAUUUUCUUUAACUUAAAAGAAAAGAAAAUAUAUUUUAAUGAAAAAUAUUAGCUAACAUAACAUGCUAAAAGUACUUAACAAAAAAUUAACAGUAAAGGCCAUUUUUUCAGCAGAAAUACUUAAAUAAAUAAAUUUACGAUUUAAAGCAGGUACUUGUUAAGCCAUUGGCAUAAACGUAUAAAGAAGGCCUAUACUGCAGUUAUGUUAGUUGUUGAUGCAGCAAUUAACUUUUCUUAUUUGUUUAAUUUGUUUAAACAAAUUUUGAAUUAUAAAAUCUAUAGCAGCAGUAAAUAAACAUAUUCCUAAAUAUAUUCAUUUAGUAGACUUUCUCUUACUCCCUCGCUCUGUAUCUCUUUCUUCAUCCCUUUCACUCUUUUUAUCUGCCUCUAAUAUAAACUCUUUAUUACUCUUAAUUUUUAAAUAUAUUUAGUAUCAACUGCCCAACAAACAAAUUGAACGCAUAAGUGCUCUAUAUAAAUGACUUCUUAUUUUAGUAAUUCAAAUCCCUUAUAAAAAAUGUAACAAAAAAUUAAGAAACAAAAAAAAAAACCAACAAAAUAAUCAUCUAUCUCACUCAUUGCACUUUUAAAAAAUGCAAUAAUUUUUUAAACCAUUUUACUAUGCACCCUUAGACGUGAAAUAUAUUUUUUUCUUAAUUUUUUUUUAAUUUUGUUAAGAACUUUUGAGAGUUUUUUACAAUUUUAAUCCUUUUUUCCUACUUUUUUUCCAUUUAGCUCUUUUUGUUAUCUUUUUUAUGUUUAGAAUGUAACAUUUAAAUUAAUGUUUAAUUAAUAUAAAUGUAAUUGUUUAUAAUUUGAAAAAUAAAAAUUUAAGUCUAAAUAAA